CUCUGAUCCAGUGCAGAACACUGUCAAGAGUGCCCCCUCCCACAAGAUGUUGCUCACAUUAGGACCCGGACUCGGAUCCUACCUCCUCCUUUGCGUGCUAGGAUGGUUUGUGUUCAAAAAGAUCCAACAAAGCCUAUCAGACCGGGCCUUCGCCCGCAAGCACAACUGCGGCAAAGCGCCGCACCUCCCAACCUACCUCUUCGGCUUCGACACCUUGUUUGAACUGCUCAAGUCCUACACGCAGAACAAAUCCACCGAGCUUGUCCGUAGCUGGCAUCACAGACUUGGCCGCACCUUCACCGUGCAUUUCGGCAAGGGAGUGGUGGUGCAGACCUGCGAACCGAAAAACGUGCAGGCGGUGCUCGCCACUCAAUUCCACGACUUUGAUCUCGGCGAUCGCAAGGAAAGCUAUCGGCCGUUAUUGGGGGAGGGUAUCUUCGCCGUCGAUGGGAAGGUGUGGGAGCACUCGCGGGCGCUGCUGCGGCCGAAUUUUGUGCGCAAUCAGAUCUCGGAUAUCGCCGUGUAUGAGCGGCAUGUCUUGCAAUUGUUCAAGCAUAUUCCGAGCGAUGGGUCGACGGUGGACUUGCAGGAUUUGUUCCUGAGAAUGACGCUGGAUUCAGCCACAGAAUUCCUGUUUGGGCACAGCGUGGACACACUGGGGAGCGAGUCCCUUUCGACGACCAACUCGUUCGCGGAAAACUUCAAGGUCUCGCUGGCGGGGACCCUGGUGCGCGUGCUGCUGGGGCCACUGCGGGUCUUUUAUAGAAGUCGCGCCUAUAACAAGGCUACCGAGGAAUCGCGCAAGUAUGUCGGGCAGUUCGUCCGGGGCGCCCUCGAACACCGGGCCGCGCAGAAAGCCGGGCACCUCGAUCAAAACCAGUCCCAAGGCUAUGUGUUUCUCUACGAGCUGGUCCAGCAGACCCAGGAUGAGAAGGUGUUGACCGACCAGUUGCUCAGUGUGCUAUUGGCCGGUCGGGACACCACCGCGAUCCUGCUGACCAUCACCUUCUUCAUCAUGAGCAAGCGCGAGGAUGUCUGGCGCAAAUUGAGGGCUGAGGUGCUGAACCUGGAAGGCAAGCGACCUUCCUUUGAGGAUCUGAAGAAUAUGAAGUAUCUCACCUGGGUAAUGAAUGAGACGCUGCGACUCUACCCCAUCGUCCCGAUCAACAUCCGCACCGCGAAUAAAAAUACUACCCUCCCCACCGGGGGCGGUCCCGACGGAAAAGCACCGGUGUUCAUCGCCAAGGGUCAGGAGGUGAUGUACAGCUCGUAUACCAUGCACCGCCUCCCAGACGUCUAUGGGAAUGAUGCGACCGAGUACAGGCCGGAGCGCUGGGCGAACCUGCGGCCCGGCUGGGCGUAUAUCCCGUUCAACGGAGGCCCUCGGAUCUGCAUUGCUCAGCAAUUUGCGUUGACGGAGGCCGGCUAUACGAUUGUUCGGAUUUUGCAGGAGUACGAAAGCAUUGAAAGUCGAGACCCGGAGCCUUUGAAGGCGCGGGUGGGGCUUACUCUGGCCAGCGCAAAUGGCGCAAAGGUGGCUCUGACCCCUGUGCGAGGCUGAUGCUGCCAUUUCUAAGAAGUGUCAUUGCAAAGGGAAAUGAAAAAUAGACUGAUAUGUGUAUCUAAGUUGCGCAUACUAGUCGAUCAUCAAGAGAGAAGAGGUGGAG